ACUUUUCACGAUUAUACCUCUAUCUAUAAUUUUCACUGUAAAUUAGGGUAAUAUUAAAUUUAGUAGCAUAAUAUUUCCAUGACGUAUUUGGAUGGAUAUGAUUAAAUAUAUUACAAAAGGAAGUACAAAGCAUAACAAAAUCCCGAUACACCUUAUCGAAUUAUAAUAUUAAACGCUUCGUUCGCGGUCGCACGUGUUGUUUUAUCAGUUAUUUGUAAAGUGACAUGUAAAUUGAACUUGUGAACUCAUUGUUUAUAGACAAAAAGUGUUGUAAAAAUAAAUAAUGUUUUCUUCGUCGAUAACAACGUAUGUAAUUGCUAUAAUUGCAUUUUUAUUGCACACUUCUGCAUAUGGACAAGACAGAACGAUAAAUGCAGAGAUUAAUCCUGGCUGUAAAAACUGCAGUUUGGAUUCUACCCUAGUAUAUAUAAAAGCGGAAGGACAAACAGACACAAUACACCAAAUAUGGGACUUCACAAGAGGGAUACCUACAAUGAUAUUGGCAGUUUCGGGAACAAACUCUACAAUGCAAAUAUCCUGGGAUGGAGAAAGACCAGUCAAUUUUACAAUGAAUGACAAAGUGCGAUACAGUUUUGCUACAGCUAUUGAUAAGAUCUACGAGUACAAUGAUCUUGCGGACAAGGGUCGGAUGGAUGAGAAAAGUUGGAUACACGCUCAGUCUUUGAAGAGAGUGAGAUGGGAGCUGAAGGAACAGGUUAUCACGGAGAAGGAGGCGAUGGUGCGUCUACACGGGACAAUGCAUCAGAACAGAAGUAGAGACAUCAUUGAUGUUAAGCUGGACCUCCUACCUUACAAAGACUAUGCGACCGAACUUCCUCAUCUUAUCCAUACUGCUAACUCCACCUUAGUGGACAUCAGUCUGGUGAACCUGACCACCUCGCGCCAGUACAACUCCUCGCGGUUCGCACUGCAUCUGCUACUGGUCAGCACGGACCCUGCGACUGAUACCAUGCAUAAUGUGAUGAGGAAGAGCUUGGAUGAUGAGCACACUCCUGGUGUGUUUGAAAUAAUCGAGAUAAAGAGUCCAUCUUCGCUGUCGCGUGGAGACGGCGGGUUCAUGCAGUUCCGUCCUGUGGGGUACACGCAGCGCGCGCGCAACGUCGCCUCCUCCACUGUAGCACAUGUUUCAGACUUCAACAGGACCUGGCUGCCGGAGUGGAGCACGCUGAAGACAUUCUACCGAGGGUAUGAUGAUGACGAGCUCUUGGUCCAGGACAUGGUUGUCUGCUUCGGAGAGCCUGGAGAUGGCUUCUACAAGAGAUAUAAUUAUACCGCAUGGUCAUACACAUUGGGUUACGGCGCCCCCCCAAUAGAGGGUUUCUCAUUGUUCGUGAUAGUGAUAAUAUCAGUGGGUGUGGGUGCGCCGCUACUGCUGGCGCUGUCGGGCGUGCUGUACGCGCUGCGCUCGCGCACGCGCACGCACUCCGCACUCGCCAACGAGGACUGACCCUACACCUACACCUUGAUGGACUUGUACACUGAAACACUCACUAUAUAAACCGUUUUUAUAUAGCUUUUAUAGCUCUUAGAGACUUUGUCCGCCUCAAAUUGGAAAAUAUAUUGUUACUGACUAUAUGUAGCUUUUAUAUGGUGAGAGAAUUUUUGAAAUCGCCCAAAUAGUUUUUGAGUUUUUACAAUACAUGCAACUCAAAUCUUUAAUCUAUGUAAUACUAGACUAGCUGUUGCUCGCGACUUUGUCCGCGUAAAAUUGAAAAAUAAUAAAAUAUAAGUUAUGAUACUCAGUGAUAAAAUAGCCUUUAAAUUGUGAAAAUUGAAAUUGACCCAAGUAGUUUUUGAGUUUUUUCAAUACAUACAAAGAUUGCAUUUUUUUCUCUUUAUAAUAUAGAUAACAGAUGUUUUUGUUUAAUGAAAUGGUCGAAAGGCGAGAUUCAAACUUUCGACUACGUGAAAAGCCGUAAUCCGUUAAGCAUCAAGCUAUUGGGGUUUCAAUUUUUAAUGCGAGGUUCACACUUGGACAGUUAAGUUUGCGCUUCAAUAACUGGAAUGACAUUUAAUCGGUAUAGUGUGAACAAUAUCUCGCGCCAGUAUACAAUCUAUCACUUGCCAGCGCAACUGUCCAACUAUAUUGACUGAGUGUGAAUAUUUUUAUCUCUAAUUCCUACUUUAACGCUGGGUUUUUAUUUCUUUUACUCGAAUUUCAUAUUAUUUGAUAAAAACGUUAUGAUUUUAAGAUUUUUGACGUUUUUUAAA